CAUCAAUAGUAUUUGUUACGUCAGUGUUAUCUUGGCCAAUGCAAUUGUUGCAGUCCAAACAACUAUGAAUAUUUCAACCGAUUCAAGGGUAAGCCCGCGUGCAAGUUUCUGUUUUAGACCAACUAUAGGGUUGAUAAGGGUUGAUAGGGCUGUGUUAGUAGUAGCCGUCUAAUUACAGUUGAAUGGACAGCAUGCAGACGGGCUAAAACACUCCAAUUGGGUUGAGCAAGAACGCCCCUUUUCUGGCUAGUCUGCAGCGGCCCAUUUCAACUGUUACCAAGGCAACACUAAACUGUUUGUAUCUAGAACAUAGAGCCAGUGAUUCGACAUAGCUGUCAUAACCAACUCACUCGAUGCUGUUGCAGCUUUCUAGUAUUCUACUAUUGGCUUCUUUAGCUGUUUUGGCUGUGCCUCAGAACCUUCCCAAUCCAAGUCUCAUACCACAGUCUCCGCAUAUCACUACCAGUAUUGUUAGACCUGAAGCUGCCAGAACUACUACCAGAGCUACCGUAGUCUUUCAAGGGAGUGCUACUUUAGCUAGAUCUCGCUCGACUUUACUGCCUAAUCCAAACUCUAAUCAUGCCGGUAGUGUGACGGCACCUGCUCCUCGUCCAGCUAUUCCUGAUACUCCAGCAGGCAGUACUGGCUCUCAAUCAUCCAAAAAUCCAUCCGUUGACGGCAGUGUUGGAACAGUAUUUGCCGUUGGAUCCAUUGCUGCAAUUGUCGUUGGUAUUUUUGUUUUUCUUGUUGGAGGUGUAUUUGUUCACAAGCAUCUUCAGAAACGCAGCGAAAUAUAUAAUGCAAAUAAUCGCAAGGUCGAUCUAAUGCCUAGAGAAAUGCCACCUGUUUAUCACUCCACUAAACAAACUCAAUCUCACAACUGUUCUCGCUCGAAUUCAAACGCUUCAUUUGAAUCCGGAAUAUCUACCAGCUAUCAAGCACACACACCAUAUGUCACAACUCCCGAAAUAGCUCAUAUUCAACCUGGUGCUACUCAGCCAAGCAAUUUCAUAAUUCGAUCUGCCUCUUGUUGAUGUGUAUCAAAACUUGCUGUUACCCCAGUUCUACUUGGAUUAUAUAUAUUAUCUUGACUAUUUCAAAAUUGAUUGCUUAGAAAUACAUAUCAUCUUACACUAG